UUCUCCCUGCACAAGCCCAGGCCCCAAAUUCACCCCAUAGAUUGGGAUGAGAUCUAGGAGUUUGGGCUUCCAGGCUUGUCACCAACCCACUAAAUACAGCUCCCCCUCCAGCCCUUGAUACGAUCUCCAGAACUUUUGGCCCUCUAAUUCUCCCACCCCACACACUUGAACUUAUCCCUUGAAUUGUUUCCAAAUGAAGGGUGUUGGUUUUAUUUGGUCUGCAUACGGGUUUUUAUGUAUUUCUCCAAUUCCCUCUCCCUCUUCUUCAUCCUUCUUGCCGGUCGCCUUUGGAGGAGGCGGAGACAUCACUUGGGUGGUUGCUGCAGACUAUUUUUUUUGGUCAUCGGUCCCCUCCCUGUUGCUUUCAGUCUCUCUCUCUCUCUGUCCCACCAGUACAGCCUGGGACAUCGUAGGAGGACUUGGUUGAGGCAGAUCAAGCGGCUGAAGUGGCGACACUUUCUCCAGUGUCAACCCAGCCCUUCCCCACGUUUUCUAGGCUCCGUGGACCAAGACGUGUUCAAAAAUUUGCCAAGGUUUGUGCUCUGCACCAGGUUUUAUCAUCUGCAGAGGAAGAUUCCAAUUAAGAACGGACAAUGGAUUAUUCUACUGUGGGGAAUGAAGAUUCUGCCUCCCAGUAUUUUGAACAUCCCCACUUGCAAGCAAAUGAUGAUGCAGACCUAUUCUUUCCUGCUUCAGAGGGGGUUGAUGCUGGGGCCAUGCCCACCUACUUCUCUCGUAUGUCUGAAUCCUACAGACACUCUCCAGUGCGGCAGUUGUAUCCCAUCCUCAAUGGUUUGCAGUGGGUGGAUGGGCACCCUUACAGCACAGCAGCUUGGGCUUCCAGUUCUUCUGGAAAGCCCCACGCUGGACUCCCAAUCUACACCUCUGCUACGUCCUCAUAUCAGACCCUCCAAGCGCCUCCCUCGCCCAAGGACCUCAGCCCCGAUGACAAGGGGAGCCCCAGAUACCUGGAGAUGUUGAAGACGGAGCGGAUGAGCCCCACGCAUGCUGAACUGCUGCCUUUGGGAACCCCGACUGGAGCAGCUUACGCAAUGGGACAGGACUUUGGAUACUUCCAGCCAUCUGGGAGUCCCCUGACAGCUGGGUAUUCCCCUAAACUACGGGGGGCAACACAGCUCUCUCCUACUGAGGCGCGAGAGUGCGUGAAUUGCGGAGCCACAGCCACGCCACUGUGGCGAAGGGACGGCACUGGUCACUACCUCUGUAAUGCCUGUGGGCUCUACCACAAGAUGAAUGGGCAGAACAGGCCUCUCAUCCGGCCAAAGAAACGUCUGAUUGUCAGCAAGCGAGCCGGCACCCAGUGCAGUAACUGCCAGACGACCACCACCACCCUCUGGCGCCGAAACGUGAACGGAGAACCCGUAUGCAAUGCCUGCGGUCUCUAUUUCAAGCUGCACAAUGUGAAUCGUCCCUUGGCAAUGCGCAAGGAUGGGAUCCAGACCCGGAACCGCAAGGUCUCUUCAGCCAAGUCCAAAAAGCGCAAGGGGAAUUCUGGGGAAGCUGCCAUGUCCACCCCAACCCCCCUGGAGUUGAUGCCAGCGCCUCUGAUGGGGGAAGAAGCGGCUGCCCUCUAUACUCUCAGCCCCAUGAUGUUGCCAGGACAUUUGCUCCCUUUUGGACCCAAUCCACACCUUCUAGGCUCUCCACCAGGCUUUCCUCCACAGGCUUCUCCUGCCCCACAUGGCUCCCCUGGGGUUGUUUCUGCACUGGGGUAAAGAGCCCUACAACCACACAACAACCCACGGCAUUCAUGUACAGUGACUCUGGGACCAAUAAGCAGGGAAGGCACAUCUCUCUUGAUAAUUUUUUGGAGCACGUGUAUUAACUGCUUGCAGAAUGGGCGCCUUGGAAGGACAGGAGAAAAGAAUAACAACGGGAGGGUGCUCUGAUCCCGCAGCUCGUCAUCAGAGAAGACAUAUAUUAUGGGCUAGUUCCCCCAAGCAGCGGAUGAGGUGGUGAUAAAGCAGUCGAGCUCUUUUCCAGGCUGACUGUGCCACUUCAUACCGCAGGUGAGAAAUGCUGGGGCCGAAUGCUUCCCCAUCGGGGAGCAGGUGGUGGGAACAUGUGCUGUCCAUGCAUAGGAACACAGGAUGCUGUCUCACACCGAGUCAGACCACUGGUCCAUCUAGCAUUUGCUACACUGACUGUCAGCAGCUUGCAAGGAUUCCAGCCAGAGGUCUUUUCUGGUCAUUCUGGAGGUGCUGGGGGUUGAACCCAGGACCUUCCGCAUGCAGGGUAUUUAUGUUACAUUUGGGCCAUGAAGAACCAACGGAAGGACAACCCUUCUCUCUGACAUCCACUGUUUCCUAUGCAUGGAAGAAGAUUUUUGUGCAGUCCCUCCACCUACUAAGCCAUAGACGGAAGCGAGCUACUGAUCCCUCCACCCAUCUGUAAAUUGCUGCUGUCCAACUAUCUCUAACCGCAUUCUCUUCCUUGUCUAUUUGGCUAAGCAUGCCCAGCUCAUUUGCGUACCUUACAUACAGUACUCCAGGAGUAUCUACACCUGCUUUUCUGCUCUCACAGCUAUGUUUCCCCUGUGGAAUAAGUCAGAUGAGUGCUCUGCGUGUGGUCGGAUGCAUCCCCUGCAGCCUGGAUUGCAUGACAACAACAAGUUCAUAAUGAGCACCUGUCCUCUGCACCUCCACCCCUGCCAGACUGGUGAAUUGGCCCAUCAUAAGCAAAGCACAUACUUUUGCACAGUGCCUCCCUUCUUGUCUUAGGGAAGAACAUGUACAAAUGCAAAAAGAAACCCAGUUUUAUGCUUGUGAGAAAUAGUGCUUCCGCUCACCCUAUUUGUCAUGUAUAUGGUAAAGUGGCCCUGCCUUUUUAAGUCAGUCACCAAGCUCAAGUCAGUCACCCCA